UCAAAAACACUGCAAAAAAUUUUUGAAAAAAUUUCAAAACAGCGUACGCAAUUUCCACUUUCCAAUUCCUAUUUAUUGCAAAGAUGAAGUCCCUCCUUUCCCCAACUCUCCCGCUUCCCGCUCUCCGUCUCUCCUCCCAUCCUUCUCCCCUUAUCCGUACCUCUCCCGAGCCCUAGAUCUCUCUCACUCUUCCUCCAUGGCUUCCCUCAGAUCUUCGCUUUCCCUGAGCUCCGUCGAUGGUGCCACCAAUCGAAUGGGUUCGGUUCGCCAUGGUUCCGGCGAGGUCCAUGUCAUUGUCGGCCCUAUGUUUGCCGGCAAAACCACCGCCCUUCUCCGCCGGAUCAGAUCUGAGGACAGAAAUGGCAGAAAUGUAGCGAUAGUAAAAUCAAGCAAGGAUACAAGAUAUGCUGUAGAUUCAAUUGUGACACAUGAUGGAGCGAAAUUUCCAUGCUGGGCAUUGCCGGAUUUGUCCUCAUUCAGGCAGGAAUUCGGAGCUGAGGCUUAUGACAAGCUAGAUGUAAUUGGCAUCGAUGAAGCUCAAUUCUUUGAAGACCUUUAUGAUUUCUGCUGCAAGGCUGCCGACCAUGAUGGCAAAACUGUGAUUGUUGCUGGCCUAGAUGGUGAUUACUUGAGAAGGAGCUUUGGUUCAGUGCUUGACAUAAUCCCACUUGCUGAUUCUAUAACAAAGUUAACUGCACGUUGUGAUAUCUGCGGCAAACGGGCUUUUUUCACCUUGAGAAAAACAGAGGAGACCAAGACAGAACUGAUUGGCGGUGCAGGUGUUUACAUGCCUGUCUGUCGCCGGCACUAUGUAAAUGGACAAGCAGUCGUGGAAGCUGCGCGAGUAGUCCUGGAAUGUCAUAAAGCUCUAGCUGAUUCAUAUACGGAGGGUGCUUCCAUCAUGCAAUAACGUCUUGCUUCUUUCAGUCUAAUAUAUAUAUUUCUUAUGAAGGAUUGUUUCUUAUUUCCAUGGUUGCCAAUGAUGAAUUUGGAUCGUUCCUGGUUUCCUUGCAUCAA